AUGUCUCUACUUCUCAGCCAGCUCUCGAAACUCCCCCUUGUGGAACCAGCGUUGCUGAGAAGAUCAUGUUUUAGUCUUCUCUCCAAUGGCUUCUCAUCUUUCGUGUUGCAAACCCCAGCUUGUUCCAUCGCCAGAGCUGAACCUUGUGGAGAGGAUCUCGGAAGACUCGUCAUUAGAGUUGAUAAAGAAUUUUGCGACACUUAUAUGGAAAAGAAGGUUCCUCUAGAGUUGAUGAAUGGAAUGGUUACGGUCGGGGCAUCUCAUGGUUGGGUAGCUACUUUGAAGGAGGACGGCAUAGUGCGUCUCCAAGAUGAUUUGAACCCGCUAGAAGAACAAGGAAAAGCUGUUUACACUCAAGACAUAGGUGAUCUCAACAUUUUCAUUUCUAAAUCUGAAGCUUUCUGUGACUCUGCUACUGACAAACCCUCUAACUUCGCUGAACUCUUGGAUUUUGAUGAAAUGACCACUAUCAUACGUGUGCAAGGAUUUUAUUUGGGCCAUAUCAGUGUAUACAACUCUUAG